AUGUCUCCGUACAAACUUGUGUUUGGGAAAGCAUGCCACCUGCCAGUGGAAUUGGAGCAACGAGCUUAUUGGGCAGUCAAAAAGCUCAAUUUCGAUCAAACAGCUACCGACGAUCGUCAGUUGCUUCAACUCAACGAAAUGGAGGAAUUCCGAAACGAUGCUUACGAGAAUGCCAAGAUUUACACAGAAAAGACGAAAAAGUGGCAUGACAAAAGAAUUUCAAAGCGAGAGUUUCGGGCAGCUCAAGUCCCGUUGGUCAGAGCCAUUCGUAUACUGAGUGCAACCCCACAAGGAGUUAUUGAAAUCCGAGGACGAGACGGUUCGUCAUUCAAAGUAAAUGGUCAACGAGUCAAGCAUUACUACCCGAAUGGUGUUCCCGAGGAAAUGGAGCGUGUCACACUGAUUUUGUCCUAG